CAGCCCGCGUGUGUCGCUGGCUGAAUCAACCUGCUCAACGCCUCGCCGCCGGUCGCCUUACAAGACUUGCAUGGCGCAACACGGCUUGAAUUAUUUUGCACCCACGCGCUCCAGAGAUUAGGUUAUCCAAUCCUCAACAAGAACCGGCGCUCAGGGAACACACACACAUAUAUAUCUCCAAGCUUUUGACGAUCCAAGCAAAGUUAAUUUCCUCUCUCUGCAGCAGCAUAUACCAUCGUCCAUCCAUGGCCCAAGCUCGCGUCGCUCUCGCGCUGUGCGUCCUGCUCCUCCACGGCGUCGCCUGGGAGGCGAAGGCGGCGUCGUACACCGUCGGGAACAGCGCCGGCUGGGACAUCAGCGCCGACCUCCGGUCGUGGGCCGCCGCCAAGAUAUUCAACGUCGGCGACGUCCUAGUGUUCACGUACUCCAAGACCCACACCCUGGACGAGGUGGACGAGGCGGGGUACAAGAAGUGCAGCGCCGCUAACGCGCUGCUCUCUAGCAGCGACGGCAACACGACGGUGCCCCUGACGGCGGGCGGCGACCGGUACUUCAUCUGCGGCCACCAGAUGCACUGCCUCGGCGGCAUGAAGCUGCACGUGCACGUCACCUCGCCAGCCGGCUCCACGCCGCAGGGAGCCCCCGCCGGAGCCGGCACCCCGCUGGCGAGCCCGGGCGCCGCUCUGGGGCCGGCCGGCGGCGCAGACGACGACGCCGGCAUCCCCAGGCUCGACCUCGGCGGGACGCACCGGCGGGGGGUAGCGUGGCCCGCGCUGGCGACGUUGUGGUUAUGCGUGGCUGCGGCGCUGUCUGUAUGAAAGUUUUUGUCAGACACAUUGCUCGUCGUGAGUGAUUUUUAACCUUUUUUCUAUACUCUCUGUGUUGUUUACGUGCGAACGGAUCGAUCGGGGUAUCAAAACGGAGGCCGAAAAAUGGGCAUUGGUGGGUGGCGCGGCAAGGCUGUACGAAAUUGUCGUGUCGUGUCAGCGUGACGCGCCCACUGCAUCUGCAUGGACACGCGUCUUGGGCGUACGUACUAUGUACUGUUGUUUCUUGUUUGAUAGGUUUGUGUAUA